AUGUCUGGUAGUUCACAACCAUCUGCUCUUUCAGGAACCGGUGCGGGUGAUCAAACCGGUUCGGGUUCACAUGCGAACGUUGAUCGUCGAAAAUAUAAGUUGUCAAGGCACCCGAGGAUACGUCAGUUACUUGCUAAUAAAAAUCUGCUUCGCCAAAGGGAGCUGAUGUACGCUGCUGCGAGGCGAUCUGGCUCUGCUGAUGGCAAUGCUGUGACACCCGAGGGUUCGGCUUCUUCGUCUGAUACAGCUGGUUCGAGACCGAGGAAUAGGUUUACUAACUUGGAGAGUUUUGUGCGGUGCGUUAGUCCAAUUGUUCCUGUGCAGCUUUUGUGUGAGGCGAAUGCAAGUAAGGAGGUUAAAAAAACUUGCCCCUAUUAUUUUCGCCUUGGGGAUCUAUGGAAAACUUUCGAAGAAUGCAGUGCUUACGGAGCUGGAGUUCCGUUUUUGUUGAAUGGUACACACCCGAUUAAACAAUAUUAUGUUCCCUAUUUUUCAGGGAUGCAACUUUUCAUUGAUCCCAAAAAUCCACCUACAAAGACUGGGGGUCUAGCUGAAGAAAAAGAAGUCAAGUCUAAUGAACCAAACCAGCAGACCGAUCUUGUUUCGGAUGGUUCAUUUGCCUCACUGAACUUGAACAACCAAAAGCUGAAGCAGGUUGCGAUGAGUGACAAUGAAACUGAAGUUUGUGGUUCACGCGGUAAACUUGUUUUUCAAUAUAUUGAACAAGAGGGACCAUAUAUUCGGCAGCCUUUCUCUACUCAGGUUGAAAUUCUUGGAACCCGGUUUCCAGAGCUGAGCAAUUACAGGAGCUGUGAUCUUUUACCUUCAAGCUGGAUAUGUGUUGCUUGGUAUCCAAUCUAUAGAAUACCUGUGGGACCAACACAAGAAGAAGUGGAAGCAUGUUUUUUGACAUUACAUUCUUUGUCAACUCAGCCUGAAGGCUACAGUAAGAGGGUUGAUGGUCAAAAUGGUCGUUUUCCAAGGGUUAGUUUACCAGCAUUGGGAAUGUUCUCGUACAAGCUAAACAGUUCAAUGAUAUCGCCUCGUGACCCCGAUGAACGUGACAAAGAACAUCAUCUUUGGAUGACUGCUUACCACUGGCUCAACAAAGUGGAAAGUUAUUUCCCAGAUUAUCAGUUUUUUGUUAACAGGUACUCAACGUGA